CCCCCCCGCCGAGUACGCCUCGACCUUGACAUCUGAAGUGAAGUUUACCGGUUCACCGGCUCCUGCGAUUAUUUACUCUGGAGCUUAGGACCCCCCUCCCCUUUCCCCCCGUCCCACCCCCGACUCCAACGGCCGACGUGGAGAACGGCCUCUCUCGGGGCUGAGGGGGGUAUAUAAGGGACGCCCCUCGUCGGAGGGGACAGCGGGAGACGGUGAGGAUUUCGAGGCCCCAUCGCGCCGGCGGGUCGCCGGUUUCGGGAGCGGGAUGAUUUUUCCGAUCUGCGGCCUCGCCCUCCUCUGGGGUCUGUUCUCCGGAACGGCGGCUCAAACGACCCGGAACGUUCCGGCUGACAGGGUCGUGCCCCCCAACACCCAAGCGGUUCUGAACCUCGGGCCCGAUGUCCUGAAAGAAGCUCUCUCUCAGGCCCUCAGAGACCACGACGCCGUGAAGACCCUCAAAGACCUUCCCCUCCUCAGCGAGAUGGAGAACGCCGCCUCCAAAGGCUUCUUAGGUAGCCUGGUCAGCAGCUUCUUAAAACAGAUCGUUUGGAUGAAGGUCACCAACGCGGACAUUCUCCCUCUUCAGUUGGAACAGUCCGAGGAUGGUCAGGGCCUGACCGUGAAGAUCCCCCUCGAUUUGGUGGCCGGAAUAAAAACGCCGCUGUCGUGGAAGGUGAUCGAGCUCCACAUGCUGCUAGACGUUGUGGCCGAGGUGGGAAUGGGCGCGGACGGCGAGGGCCGGAUCCGCCUGCAGCUCGGCCACUGCGGCGUCAGCAAAGGAAGCCUCCGCGUCAGCCUCCUCGACAGGAUCUCGUUCAUGGCCAACCGAUUCGCCGACAGAGUCAUCGACACCCUGGUCCCCGCCUUUCCUCAACUGGUGAAGAGGCAGUUUUGUCCAGUCAUCAGUGAAGCUUUCAUCGAUUUGAGUGCCAAACUACUGAGUUCUGUAAAAGCCCCCGUAUCGGUCGGAUCCAGCGACCUCGUGUUCGAGGUGUUGUCUUCCACGAUCGUGGAUAAAGGGAUUCAGGUGACUCUGGGGGCCCUGCUCAAGGACGGGAAAGGACUGGUGAACCAGGUGUUGAACCCGUCCGGCGGGACGUUCCCCGUUCCCCAGUUGGGUCGAUCCGCCGUCAAUAUGGUGGUGGGAGAAGACGUGGUCAACGGGGUCCUGGGGGCCACCCUGCCUCCCGAGGCCUACUCCGUCCGCCUCAACUCCGUGCUUCCUGAUCUCGGGCAGCGGCUCAAGUCUGACCUGAUCAGAGCCAACCCAGAGGCUGUCAAGUACCUCAACAAGUCCGAGAUCCUGAAGGUCACGACCCAAGAGGCCCCGGUGAUCUCCCUGAAGGACGGCAGUGCCAACGUGGCCCAGCUGAACCUGAUCGAGCUGUUCACCGACAGCCAGGCGCAUCGCCCCCUUUUCACGCUGGGAGUGGAGUCCAGCUCAGAAGGACAGUUCUUCACUGAUGAAGACAAGGUUAAGCUCAACUUAAAAGGAAUCAAGUCUGACCGGAUCCAUCUGCUUAAAUCCGACAUCGGCCUGUUCAGGACGGACCAGCUCAAAGACAUCGUCGACGAAAUCCUCACCACCGUGCUGCUUCCCACUCAGAAUGCCAAAAUCGGGGACGGGAUUCCCACCGAGCCCGUCAAGCGCCUGGGCUUUGACAAGAUCAAAGUCUUCCCCGUUGCCGGUGCUCUCCUGGUGACUCCAGCUUCCCUAAUCUAACGCCACCUCCUCCCUCCGGAUCCGGAGACGGAAGACGUCCGGAAAGCCUCCGAGAUCCAUCCCGAGAGGGUUCAAGCUGCUAUUUCCCGGUCGUGAUGGGCGGGUUGAUUUUCAUCGAGACCCGCGCUGUUGGGUUUUCCUCGUUCCUCAAUAAAACAUCUUCCCUCUCCCGCAUCAGUGGAA